GCACUGGUGCACAAGUAGGAAGGCGACCUGGCCCGCGCCCCCGAGUCUCCGCGUUCGCCCUCUGCUCCUGAGUCCUUCUCCCUGUUCUCCGAGCGCUCCUGGGAUCCCGGCCCUAUGCGGAGCCCCCAUGGUGCUGGGGGAGGCUUCGAAGGGGGGCGAGGACUGCCGUCUCGCGAAGACACCCUCUUCCUUCCCCGGACCUGGGCUCAGUGCAGACUCAGGACCCCUUUCACCUCCCCCUCCCCGUCCUGCCCGAGGUCUCAGAAGGGAGCCAGACAGGGAAUCGGGUCCGCGGCCGGCUAGUCCUGGGUCUUGGAGCUGAGCGGAGAGGCAGGGAAGCCCGAACCAGAGGGUUAAGGGGGGGCGGGAACUGACUGAAGGCAGGGAAGGAGGAAGGCUCUGGCUAUGACGUCACAGGAUUAACCCUCUCAGCGCCCGGCCAGUUGCCGCCCCCAAAGGGGUAGAAGACUCGAAGCUGACUGGUUCUGCCGGGGAUGAGUCCCCUGCAGAACCUGGGAGUGGACGCUUGGGUCGGUUGAUAGCCCCCACCGGGCGUUUGAUCGUCCCGGGACGGCCACCGCACGUCGCGUGGAUGUCCUUGACAUCAACGUGUGGGAAUGACCUUCCUCGUUCUUCUCCUGGCUUACUCUUAAGCCUUCCAAAACUCUGCUCCAAUGUCCCAUCUGCAGAACCCUUGAUCUCAAGACCUGAUUGCCGUUUUAUCCCCACGGUCUGGGCCGCGCUGAGUGGUUAUAGUAUAGAAGAGAUUUGCAACGGGUUCUCUGAUUGGCGUAAAUUUUCCCUCUUGCCUCGCGUCCCCAUCCCUGCCCGGAGGUCGGUAAGAAGCCUCCGACUAGUGACGAGAGGGAACCUAGGUGUCCGGGCAGUGGGCCCUGAGGGAGUUGAAGAUGUGCAUCUAGAGACACCGCGACCCUUGCCACCUGACCCACACACCGAGGCUCUCUCUGCCACCCUGGUCACACCCACGCUGCCUUGGGAGUCGCCCAUAAGUAGGGCCCCAGGGCUGGAGAUGGGUACCGAAAAUGAAAGUCCGGAACCGGACUGUCAGAAACAGUUCCAGGCCGCCGUCAGCGUCAUUCAGAACCUGCCUAAGGACGGCUCCUACCGCCCCUCCUAUGAAGAGAUGCUGCGGUUCUACAGCUACUACAAGCAGGCCACCAUGGGGCCCUGCCUCAUCCCCCAGCCUGGGUUCUGGGACCCUAUCGGACGUUACAAAUGGGAAGCCUGGAACAGCCUGGGCCAGAUGAGCAGGGAGGAGGCCAUGUCCGCCUACAUUACCGAGAUGAAGCUGGUGGCACAGAAGGUGAUCGACACAGUGCCUCUGGGCGAGGUGGCAGAGGACGUGUUUGGUUACUUCGAGCCCCUGUAUCAGGUGAUCCCUGACAUGCCGAGGCCCCCAGAGACGUUCCUGAGAAGGGUCACAGGUUGGAAAGAGCAGGUACUGAAUGGAGAUGCUGAGGCCGCCCCAGAGCCUCGCUGCCUCCCCAAGGAACCAGCACCCCCAAGCCCAGAGUCCCAGCCACCCAGGGACCAGGACUCUGAGGUUUUCUGUGAUUCUGUGGAGCAGCUGGAGCCUGAGCUGGUUGGGGAAGAGCAAAGGGGCGCCGUGGGAGGAGAAAUUGACACCAGAAACAGCCCCGAGCCUCCUGCAGAGAGAGGGAGAUUGGAAGGCCCUCUGCUGGGGCCCCAGGAAUUGGACUCGUGGCUGGUGGGGACGGUCCGUGCGCUGCAGGAGAGCAUGCGGGACGUCCAGGGGAGGCUGCAGAGCCUGGAGAGCGUGCCUGUGCCCCCCGAGCAGCAGAUGCCCCCACCCAGUGCCAGGCCUUGGCCCCUCAGGCUUUCCGGCCCCACGCUGAUCUUCUUCCUCCUGUGGCCCUUCAUCGUCCAGUGGCUCUUCCGACAGUUUCGGACUCAGAAGAGAUGACUCUCGAUGGAGGAGUCUGCAGCCAACAGGAGGCUAUGAGCCCUGUGUUCUGCUGUGCCGAGCCUUCCUAGGGUUUAGUAGAGCAGCAUUAAUCCCCGCUCUCACCCCGCUUCCCGCCCCAAAUAGUGUUCGCCUUGACACCCCUCUCUAAGACCCUUCUCUUUCUGCAGCUCCACAGGGACUGUCCCUCCCGUCCCCCUCGACCGCCUCAGGCUCCCUGGGGAGACUGCCCUUGUGGAGCAAGUCCCCAGUUCGGGGUGGGCGGGUGAUCCAGGGGCAGAGCUACCGGGUCUCAGCUUCUGCCCUUCCCACCCUCUGAGUCACCUGACUCCUCUCCCAACCCAGCCUCUCCCCAAGAGGCUCAGCUCUUGGGCAAGUUGGGACUUUGGCCGGGCCCUGGAAGAGUGAUUGGCUGGCGGGCUGUGGGAGGGAGGCCAGGAGGCUCGACCGAGUUGGGGAAAGGCGGAGGGAGCUGGCCCCGGGGGAGGGCAGUCAGCUCCUUUUGGCUGGCCUCCCUAUCCGCAGAAAUACUCAGGACGUCCUCACUAAAGAUGCACUUACAAAAGAGUGUUUCACUAAAUAAAAUAAAACGUUCAUCUUUUGCCGUCUGGGCUGCCACGGA